UGAACCUGGUGAUUAUGACGGACCCAGAUAAUAGUCUGACUGCCAUAGAUUGGCUUCCCAAUCUCAGCAUAAGUAUGCUGACAGCUUCUAUUGAAAGUGACUUUUAUUUUGAAAUGGACAGUUGGGAUUCCGUGAGUGUAGAUGAUAAUAAAACGGAAUCUGACUGUGGGUCCACGCCCUACCAACCUGAUAGUAAACCACCCUACAGCUAUGCCAGCUUAAUAACUUGUGCUAUUCAAAGCACAGCGGAAAAGAAAAUGACGCUGAGUGAAAUUUACCAAUGGAUCUGUGAUAACUUUCCUUACUACUGUGAAGCUGGGAGUGGCUGGAAGAACUCCAUUCGUCAUAACUUAUCACUGAAUAAGUCUUUUACAAAAAUUCCACGUUCUCGAGAUGAACCAGGCAAAGGUUCAUAUUGGUGUCUGUCUAAUCACUGUGAAGACCAGGAAUGCAUGCCUUCAGCACCAAAAAGACAAGCUAUAUGUUCAGAACAAAGUUUACGAUGUGUGUCACAACUACAAAAGAUCUUGCCUAAAAACAAUACAUCUUUGCCUACAUCUGAAAACAUAAACAUUGAUAAUCACAAUGACAACCUUCAAUUUACAACUAAUUAUUGUAAUUCUGAAUUUCGAAUAAAUCAUAUUCACCCUUAUAGUAACAAUUUGUCUAGUUCCAAAACUCGUCGAACGAAUCGUAAACGUUUGUUAGAUUCUGUGUAUACUGAAUACACCAUAGAAAAUCAAUUCAUCAAUGAUAAUCAUAACACUACUGAUAAUAUUUCAUAUCAUUUAAAUAAACCCAUUUCUCAUGAAGCAAAUAACCAUAUAUUAUCGAAUAUAACAACUAGUGUACCUGCACAUUGUAAUAACUCUGAUAAUGUGCACACCAAACAUGACAUUCAUAACAGUAGUAGCAAUCAUCAUAAUAACGCAACAUCGCUUUCUAAUCAAAUGAAUACAAUAAACAGAUCAGAUGAUCAUCUGAUUACUUGUAAUACUCGACGUGCUUUUACUGGAUUUCCAGUGGCUUCAAAUACUUCAGACUUGUUUCAUACAGGAUCACUAGUUGCAAAUCGAUGCACCUCUGUUGUAUUGACUACUUCUGAUGACGUCAUGGUGAAUCGUAAUCAUACUACUGAUAAUGAUGAGAUUUCAGUCACAUGCAAUAUUCCUUCGAAUACUGUGACUACUUCCACUCAUACUACCAGUUUUGACUCAACCAUUGACAAACAUCUUGCCAGAGAUGGUAGACAUUAUUUCCGCCGACUAAAUGAUUUUGAAAAUGCAUUGAAUUGUACAUCUGAAAAAAUAUCCAGUCAGUCUGAUCAACAACAGACUAAUUCUACGUACUAUGCAUCUGAUAACGACAAUGAUAAGAAUACUGUCAGGUCGUCAAUAUCUCAACAAACACAAACAAGACAAUAUAUAUCAGGAAUUUCUCCAGAUUUUUCAAUGAAAACAGUUGACACAUCAUCAUCAUCAUCAUCAGUUAAGAUGAUGACAAGCACGACUUGUAACACAGUAGUGAGUAGUAAAAAUAAUAAUGACUUUCUGUAUAAUUAUGAUAAUGAUCUUCAAAAGAAUCAAAUGCAAAGGAAGAAUUGUGUUCGUGAAAUGUUAACUUUUAGUAAUGAAGAUGAUGAUAAUAAUAAUAAUAUGAAUAAUAAUAAUUCAAUGGGACCAUUACUUUCUUCAACAUCAUCAUCCUCAUCAAUGGUUGAUUAUUAUAUGAUUCAUUCAGAUCAUCCAGUGAAUUUACAACAUGAAUAUGAAGUAGGAACAGUUGUCGUACGAGGAGAAGGAGGUGUUAAUGAUGAUGAUGAUGAUGGCGAUGAGAAUGAAGAACAAUGUGAAAAUCAUUCGUUAAGAUCAAGUUUUUCAGCAGGUGAACUAGAUCUUAGUGCAUCAUUUCGACAUUUGUAUCAUGCACUUUUCGAUGGUUUUGAAUUAUCAUCAAAUUCAUCUAUGGAUCUUCAAAAUACAUCUGAAUCAUCCAAUUCAUUUUUAUCGAAUAGACUGAUAGAAGCAUCAUUGAAAAACAUGACCACAACACCAACACCAACAACAUCAGCGUCAAGAGAAACAAUGACUACAAGUGAUUCGAUUGGUAUGACAAAUAAGGAGAAUAUUGAUUAUUGUAAUUCGGUUUUGUUGAAUAAACACGAUGAUCAUAAACAACAAUGCAUUUCGUCGUCAUCAUCAUCGUCGUCCUCCGCAGCAGCAUCAUCAUCAUCAUGUGUUCCUGCUUCUUCUUCUACUUCUUCCUCUACUUCGUCUUCGACUUCUUCUUCCUUUACUUCUAGGUGUUAUUCAUCACCUCCUUCAUCUUCAUAUCGUUCAAUUUAUUCUCAGAAUAAUGAUGAAUAUGAUCACUGUCAGUUUGGCCGGUCAGCAAAUAACAACACUAUGAAAGUAUCAGACAAAUUGUUAAAUAAUUCAUUCAAUUUAACUUAUGUAUUACAGAAAUCUUUACAAGCAGCAACAAAUUUCGAUUGGAAUAGUAUCAAUCUAGAUGAAUAUCCAGAAUUAAUAUCGAAAAUUCGUAGUGUUAGUCAACAUCCAAAUAGUUUAACAAUUGAACAAUUAAUAGAAUUGAAUUUAACACUUGAUCAAUUAUUCAGUCAUAUUCAACAGAAUAAUUCACUAAUUUCGUCUACUUCAACAAUGUUGUCUACCUCUGAUAUUACUUCAACAAAAUUACAUCAUUCCAUAUUAUCAUUGGAACAAAUCAAUACAAUGCAUGAUGACAAGCAUUGCAUAAGAAGAUCACAACACAAUAGUUGUAUGAAAGAAAUUCAAACAAACACCAACAAUGAGUCAAUGAUCAAUACUGAUACUGAUGCUGUUGACACACCGACGACAACAAUUACAACAACAGCGCCUAAUGUUCCUCCUAGAAAUCUUCAUCGUUAUCUUACACAACAUCAUCAAUCAGAUCAUAGAUUAAGCUAUCCUGAAACAGUUUGUACUAUUUCUAAUCAUAAUGAUAAUAAUCAUAGUAAUAAUAGUAAUACUAUUAAUACUACUAAUAUGAUGUCGAACGACAGAUUAAAAGUGAUAAGUCAUCCUGGUAAUAAUAUGAAUAACAAUGAUUCUUUACUGUCUCAUAUUAAUACUACUAACACAAAUAAUAGUAAUACUACAACUAAUACUAUUAAUUAUACAAAUAUUUCUGAUAUUUUUUCCAAUGCAUACAUUCAUUCCAAAAGUGUUGUUAAUGAGAAUAUGAUAUUGAACAAUAGUGGGAAUAAUUUUAUGAUCGAUACUACUACUAAUGCUACUACUACUACUACUGGUACCAGUACUACUAUUACUACUAGUACUUCCACUCCUUGCUCCACUUCUGCUACUAGUCUAGUCAAUAAUAACCAAUCACUUGAUGAGACGAUGACUAAUCAAAACAAUCUUGUAUGGACAACAAUGAAGCUUGACAAUGACAUUGAUGAUUCAAACCAACCAGUUUACACUGAUCACAACUAUUCAACCUAUGACAAUCAACUAUUGCAUAAUUCAUUUUCAAAUUCAAAUUAUCACGAUCAUCAUGAUAGUCAUCAUCAUCCUGCUCAUCAUCAUCAACAUCAUCAACAACAUCAAUUACAGAAUACAAUUAUUCAAUCCUCAUUGCAUUCACAUAUACCACAAUUACAUAAUCAUAAUUCAUUGAGUGAAUUCACCAAUCAUCAUCCUUCAAGAAAUCAUCAUCAUCAUCAACAUCAUUCUCAUCGUCAUCCGUCCCAUCAUUUGGUGGAACAGAGUCCAAAGCUAUUUGACUCAUCAACUAAUAAUCCUAUUUCUUUUUAUUUUUCACCAGUUCAAUCAGAUCAUUUCACUGAUUCCACAUUGAGCACCAAUGAGAAUAAUAUGAUUUAUUCAGAAUUACAAAGUAUCCAUAAUGGUAAUCAUAGUAAUAAUAAUAAUAGUGAUAACUCUAUGAAAUUGAUGAUGAUGAAUACAACUGAGCAUUCGAUAAUUCCACAAAAUUUCAUUAAUCUAGUCACUGUUCUUCCACAAUCCACGGCGACAUCCAGUGUAACAAUGACAACAACAGCAACCUCGCUGUCGGAGCUAUGCACUGAAACAUCCAAUCGAUUUUUCCAGUCUCAUCAACAUCGUCAUCAUGAUGAUUGCGUUCAGCAUAAACUUCCUCACCAUCAGCAUAUAUUAUUUAAUAAUGAUAAUGGUAAUGGUAAUAAUUCGAAGUUUAAAAUGUACAACAUGACUAACAUUGCUCCGCAUGAAGAUGGCGAUGAUCAACAUUCAAUUUUAAACAAUCGUAAUCAUUUACAACAACAUCAUCAUCCUCAUCAUUUUGAGCAUAAUCAUCAAAUUGAACAAUUUCAACUUUCAAAUAACAACAACACCGAUUGUUCUUUUUAUGAUUUAAACAAUUCUCAGUCAUUGGAUAUUAUUGAACAGAAAUUUGCAUUGAAUACAACACAACAACAAUCAUUUCAUGGGAAUUCUUCACAACAUCAUUGUACAACAGAUUUUAGAUUACCUAUUACACAGUAUUUUAUGAAUAAUAGUAAUAAUAAUAAUAUACCUUCUAGCACUACACUCUGUUCCUCAUCGUCAGCAUCGCCACCACCUUCAAUUUUAUUUUCUCCGCAUUACAUUGAAUCCUCUUCACUAACAACGCAUAAUCAUUAUCAUCAUCCUCAACAUCAACAUCAACAUCAUCAUCAUCAGAAUCGAUUGCUGUUAUUAGAUAAUCAAAGAUAUUCAGGUCUAUGUCAGUCUGCGAUCAAUACUGCUACUUCUACCAUUACUACUACUACUACUACUACUACAUCUACUACUACUAAUCAUAUGCCAAUCAGUCAACAAUUGUCACAACAUACUCCCAUGAAUUUAUUUAGUAGUAAUAUUCAUAAUAUGACUACUACUACUAAUACUAAUACUACUACUACUACUACUACCAAUACUACUCAUAAUAAUACUAAUAGUAGUAGUAAUAACAUUAGCUCAACUGUGAAUAAUCAUCGACCAUUAGAAGAAUUCAACUGGGAUACUAUAGUUUAA